GAGUGUCCCCACAUAACGGCAACAAACAGCUUACUGCAGCAGUAGGUACCUAUUAACAAUGUUUAGCGAGCAACAGCAGCAGCUGUCGUAGUUUGAAACAUUUUGCCUUUUUUGGGUAUUUUUUCACUGUCCGUCAGUUGAAAAGUAAAAACAACAAUAUUAACAUGUUAAACACAUUUCGUUAUCGUUAAGUGCACCGUCGAAACGUUUCCGCGUAGAUAUCAGUGCGUCGAAAACAUUUAAUGAUUUCCGAUCGUUUUGUGAAACCACCAAAUUGAUGAAACCAGUGCGACGACGUACGACUAAUGGCGGUAUCAGUUAAUUUUUUUAGUAUCAGCGCAAUUCAAGUAUCAUAACGGAUGUUCAGUCUUAACUGAUCGUAUUAGUACUGAGAAUAAGUCCAUAAGAAAUGGCCAAUCCCAAUAAACAUGUUUGUAAAUUACAAGAAUUUUCCGCUCACAAUGCAAACGUUUCAUGUUUGGCUCUCGGUCAAAAGUCGGGCGGCCGAGUGUUGGCUACUGGUGGCGCAGAUAACAAAAUUAAUUUGUGGGCUGUUGGAAACGAGAAUUGUAUCUUGAGCUUAAGUGGCCAUGUAACGCCAAUCGAAUGUGUCCAAUUUGAUCAUUCUGAAGAGUUGGUUGGUGCUGGUAGUCAAACGGGCGCUCUUAAAAUUUGGGAUUUGGCCGCUCAAAAAAUUUUACGCACCUUUAGUGGACACAAGUCGGCUGUAAAGGAGUUAGAUUUUUAUCCUUUAGGCAAUUAUGUGGUGUCGGGUUCCGCAGACACUAGUAUUAAGCUUUGGGACUACCGACAUAAAAAUUGUAUAUACAUGUAUAAAGGUCACGAGGGACCUUUGUCGUGUUUAAAGUUCAGUCCGGAUGGCCAGUGGAUAGCUUCUGCGGGCGAAGAUGGUGGUAUUAAGAUUUGGGAUUUGCGAGUGGGACGUAUGCUGCACGAGUUCGACAAACUUCAUAAAGCAACUGUCACUUCCAUCCAGUUCCAUCCUUUAGUAUUUUUACUUGCCACCAGCGGAGCUGACAAAAAAAUUAACAUUUUAGAUUUAGAAAGAUUUAGCGUAGUUUCGCAAAUAGAGACUGAAAAAUCUACAAUAAGGUGUUUGCAGUUUAGUGCUAAAGGUGAUGUCGUGUAUGGCGGUGGUACAAACUACCUCGGAGUUUAUGGCUGGGAACCGACGAGAACCUGUGAUUCGUUAACUCUGGAUUGGGGAUCAGUUAAUGAGUUAGCCGUAACUGAUAAUCAAAUAGUGGGAGCUACUCAUUAUUCAACUAAUGUUUCGACGUGGGUGAUCAACCUGCCCGAAGGUUAUCCAUUUAAAAAUCAAUUUUCCCCUCCGGACAAGUCGUUGAAAGCCAGCAACACCAUGUUCACAAGAGAUGCUGGAGUCCGGAAAAGUUUCAAUAAACAAAAAACUCGAGAAAUCAUCAAACCCAAACCUAAUAUGAAGUUGAUCGACGAGAGCGAAACAGAAAUCGAGGAGGACAAUCAAGGGGUUAUUAACAACGUUAUCGAUUAUCAUUCAGUGUUCAAACCGAAUAGAACUCUAAAUCGUAGUCCAACUCCAAAAUCUCCAAUGUCAGAAGAUGAUAAUUUGAGUCCUAUAUUAAAGAACCCUCCGAUUGACUUGAAUAAAAUAAAUUCGGUCAAUAAGUAUUCUCCAUCGUUAGACGAUUUGUCCAAAGAAGACGAACAGAAACAUACGUUUGAUAUACCACAAGCUGUGUUGAUGCACACUAGUUAUUCAGAGGCCGAAACGUCGUCAAUGGAAUCUACGCCGUACGAAUCGUUUCAUAUGGCGCAUUCCGAUAGAGACAUCAAUUCGUCGGGGAUUAUCAGUGAUUAUCAUAGUCCUCAUUCUUUGUACAACUCGCCGAGUAUGGUCGAACAUUCUGAUCCCCGAAUAAACCCGUACAUGACUUCUUCGGUCUCGAUGCGAAGUGUCACGGCGGCAAACAUAGCCUCCGAAAGUAUAACGCGACGUCCUUCUUCAUUGCCAGUAUUUAAACAAAACGAUAAUUUCGUUUAUGGAAAUAAAUACACUUCGCCUCAGUUGCAAAGAAAAAUCUCUCAAGACGAGACCACUUCGCCUCAUAUAUCCCAUCACAGACGGAUGUUACCCGCUGAACCCACUGUGGUUACCCAAGAGCACAAAAAGACUGAUAGGCUAACGAAGAAAUACAGUUAUCCGUUGGACGACUUUGAAGACCUGAAAGACAACUUAAACACAAUUACUGACGAAAGUGACAUCCUGGAUUAUCUGUCGAAAAAUCAUAGAUCCACUAUGGGAGUGCUCAAGGAAAGACAGCGCAAUCUAAAUAUUAUACAGACAAUGUGGAUAAACAAAAAUUUCAAAUCUGCAGUCAAUUCAGCCGUCUCGAUGAACGAUGACGCUCUUAUAGCCGAUCUUAUAUCGGUCCUCACACAGCGGCCGAAAUUAUGGUGCCUUGACGUUUGUAGUAUGCUAUUGCCAUCGAUAUCAGAUUUAAUUCAGAGCGGUAACGAAGCGUUUAUUAACGUCAGUUUUAAAGCUAUAAGGGACAUACUACAGUACUUUAUGCCAGUCAUCAAAAACAACAUACACAGACCUUCGGGCAUAGGAGUAGAUUUAAUGCAAGAAGAACGGUGCAACAAAUGCCGCAAAUGCCACGGCAUAUUGAUGAACAUCAGAGCGUUUGUGCUGAAGAGACAGACCGUCCAAGGGAAUUUGGGUCAUAUGUUCAGACAGCUGCACAUGCUUCUACAAUCUAUAGAUAUUUAAUUAUUAACAACAGUAAUAUUAUAGUUUGUUAACCAUGCACUUAAGUCGCCUAAGUUGAACUAAUCUUCGUUAAAUCUAGAAUUAUUAUUAUUACUAUAAUUUUUGUUUUUUGCCAGUAUUAUUUUUUCAUACUUUAAAAUAAUUAACCUAUUGUCUACAGUGGUUCUUUCGAUCCGUUAUACCCCCAAAAAAAAGACAUCAAUAAUAUUGUAUUAUUAUUAUAAUUUUCCAUCAUUCCUUUUACGAUGUGCUUUGAAUGUACGUUUUCUUUGCUAUUAAUUAUUUAAAUAAUUUAAUCGUCGAUUUUCACUUCAAUUUAUUUUUGUAAACUUAACACUGAAACGUAAUGCUAAAGCUUUGUCGUAAAUAAUAUAAACAUACAUCGGUUAUUUGUUGUGAAUUAGUGUUUGAAAAUUAUAAGUAAACAAAAAAUGUACAAGUAUGAAGUAUUAUAUCAAAAAAUUAGAAAUUAAUAAUAAAAGACUAAAAUUACAAUAGCAAUGUUAAAUCCCAGAAAUAUUCAUAAGCAAACCACUGAACACGUUAACGUAUUCAAUGAUUCUUUCGGACAACGCUAUAUUUUUUAAAAAAAUGCCGUAACUACCGAAACAAUUUUUUUUUUUACUUAAAACAUUCUUUUCCACAACAAAAAAAGACAAUAACAUUAGAUAUAAUAUAUAAUAAUAUUUAGCAUAUUUUUUUCUUCCGUAUAUUAAUAUAGACUGUUCUACUAUAUUUUGUAUAUAUUAAAAAAAAAAUGAUUUGUACAUUCACUUUAUGUUUUCAUAAUACAAAAUACUGUAUUAUAGAGUGUAAUAUUUUUAAACAUAAUAUAAGAGAUCUCGUUUCUGUUUUUUAGCAGAAAGUAGUCAAAUAAUAAUAAUUAACUUUUGUUUUAUUUAUUUUGUUUUUUAAUUUUUUUGUUAAAUGGUUUUUUUUUUUUAUUAUUAUUCUUUUAAGUAACUAUGUAAUAUUAAUGUUUUAUAAUAUUUUUAACCGUACUUAGGCUUCUGUAAUUCACAUGUAGCCGUUACGCUUGUCGAUGGCACGAUCCUCUUUUAUUUUUUUCAAUGAAUUUCUCAUAAAAUAGAUAUAUAUUUAACGCAAACAUCAAGAAAUAGCAUUUGUAAAAAAUUAAGCAAUACGAGGUUAAUAAUAUCGAUACAAAUGUCCAGUACGAUAUUACUCGGUUUUGGCGUUUUUAAAAUUGUAUAAUUUCUUUUUUAAAAAAAACAGGUAUGCAAUUUGAAGUGUACUAUUUUAUAUAACAUUUGUUUGUUUCAAUCGUUUGAAAUAUUUACUAACUAUCGUGUGUGUGACUUUCAAAAGUAUUUUAGCAGUAUAAGGCGUAUUUAGUGUAUUCGUAGAGGCUUUUGUAAAAAAAAUUACAAAAGCACAUGAAUUACUUUUAACACUGUACAAUUAAAAUAAUAUGAGCUUGUUAAAAUAAUAAUAAUAUGUUUUUAAAUUAUUGUUAUUAUUAAUAUUGAUAUUGCCACAGUGGUGUGUAACCGCGUUUGCUAAGCUAAUCUUUGUUGCAAAUAAUAAACCUAACUAAUUUUUUUUAAACCCGUAUUUUGUUAUUUAUAAUUUGUUUUUACCUAUAUCCGUUUGUAUUUCAAAUAUUCCAAACCAGUUGUAAUAAUUAAUUUUGUAAAAAACGCUUGCUGUGUGUGUUAAAAAAAAUAAUGUUACUUAAAGACAUACUGUUGGCCGGUUAAAUUGUCAUUUAUUUACUUAUAUUCUUU